AUGAUAGUUGUGACGGUGGAUGUGGUUGACGUGGCUGGGGAAAGGAUGCAUGUGACCGAUAAGUUAAAAGUUGUUCCGACGUCAUUUGAUGUAGGAUCGGCACACCACAUAGGAGAUGAAACAGAUGAUGGAGUUCGAUUGGAUGUUCGGAAGAUGUUGGUUGAUGCGAAUUCAGAUCCAACCUUUUCUGACGCCGACGGUAGUGUGGAAGAUAGUGAGAUGAACGCAUGCAGGGUCUUUGGAUAUUUUAGCGUCAACAAGGUCACAGGAAAUUUACACAUCACUGCGAUUGGCCUCGGGUACGGCGGAUAUUCCUUUCAAAAUAGCGAAGAAUUAAAUUUCACGCAUCGCAUUGAUGAAUUCUCAUUUGGAACAUUCUACCCACGCCUUGUGAAUCCACUGGACAAUAGCAUCGAGAUAGCGGAAGCGCGAAUAUUCUUCAAGUACGACAUAGAACCGAUCUCAGUGAAGAUCACCGAAAAAAGGCAGGGAUUCACGAGUUUCAUGACAAGGUUGUGUGGGUUAGUAGGAGGAAUAUGGGUGACCAUAGGAUUCAUAGUGAAAAUCUCCAACGGAAUAUGGUCAUUUUUGGAUCAGGUCACAGGAGGCGGAGCGAAUUCAAAUAGAAUUGGUAAUACUCGCGGGAGUAGUGGAAUUGUCUCGAAAGGCGGUGAUAAGAAAGGUGAAGUGAAUUUCAGUGGUGGAAUGAUAAAUGGAGGAAUUGGUUUCAACGACGUGAAUCUUCAUGUUGCGGGGAUGUAUCCUCCAGGGCAUAAAGCUGCCACUGACUGA